UUGCGCUCGCCGUCUGCGAACCGCGAACAGUCGUUGCGUUUGGAGGAUGAUCUGGCGCUGCUGGAGGCUGAACGGGUGGCCUCCGUGUCCACCCGGGAUGAGCAGGACAAGGAUCACAAGUCUGCCAGUUCCGCCGCGCGGAGCCGGUCUCGCCGCUCAGAGAACGUCGAUGAAUUUGACGAGGCGACUAAUCCGUUGCACGAGAAGGCGGCUGUCUACAAUCCUCCGGAAAACCCCAACACAACCCUCGCUCUCUUCAUUAAGAAGCUCCAUCAGUCGAGCUUUAUCAUCCGAUACUUUACCUACAUUGUGCCCGUUGUUCUGCUUUUGCUGAUUCCUCUGCUGGUUGGUGCUUUGGCAUUUCCCAAUGCCAGUGUCGGAGGUGUCGAGUUGCUGUGGUUCUCCGUUUGGUUGGAAAUCGUCUGGUUGACCUUGUGGGCAGGACGGAUUGUGGCCAAAACACUCCCCAUCCCCGUUGGAAUCCUGGCUAGUAUAUUCACCAACAAUGCGAAGAAAUGGCGCGAUCUGGCCAAGCAACUCGAACUUCAUGCGACCAUCUUCUUCUGGUGGUUGGGCGUGGAAAUCUCUUUCUUGCCCACCAUGAAAAACCACCAUGUCGACAAUGACGGGCGUACACGCGAUUGGGAAAACAUCGUCAACAAGCUUAUCAUUUCCUUCUUCGUCUGGACCGUCCUGAACCUGGUUGAAAAGUUCCUCAUUCAGCUGAUCGCCAUGAGCUUCCAUCUCCGCACGUACUCGGAUCGCAUUGAAAUCAACAAGUUCCAGAUUGGUAGCUUGACCAAGCUCUACAGCUACUCCCGCGAGAAGAUUACCCAAUUGGACGCCGACUUUGAGGAAAAGAGUGCUGCUCCCCAGGGCGAUGGCAGUGGCUUCCGCACUCCGAUGCGCUAUGCCGGACGCGCUCAGCGUGUGGCCAAGGGUGUGGCCAAGGGUACGCUGCAGAAGGUCGGUGAUGUCGCCGGAGCCGUGGCGGCCGAUUUUACCGGUAGAAAGGCGACCAACAGUACCCAUCCACAUACCGUCGUCCUGACCCUGCUGCGCACCACCACGGGCUGCCAGGUGUUGGCCCGCCGAUUGUACCGGACCUUUGCGCGCGACGGAUUUGACACUGUUUUCUCCGGUGAUCUGAAGGAGGCUUUUGACAACAACGAAGAAGCAGACGCGGCGUUCGCCAUGUUUGAUCGCGAUAUGAACGGCGAUAUCUCCAUGGAAGAGCUGGAGGCUGCGUGUGUGGAGACCGGGCGAGAGCGCAAGUCCAUUACAGCCUCGCUGAAGGAUCUCGAUUCGGUGGUGUCUCGUCUGGACAACGUGUUGGAGUUCUUCGUUGUGGUUAUCUCGGUGAUUGUUUUCCUGACGUUGAUUUCGACGUCGGCUGCUGGUGUUCUCACGUCCGCCGGCUCCAGUGUUCUUGCCCUGUCCUGGCUGUUUUCUGCGACGGCGCAGGAAUUCCUGCAGUCGGUCAUUUUCGUUUUCGUGAAGCACCCGUUCGACGUUGGCGAUCGUGUCACGGUGUACGGCAACUCAGGAGACGCAGGCCUGGGCGACGACUACUUCGUCAAGCAAAUCUCACUCCUCUACACAGAAUUCAAAAAGAUGCAAGGACACAUCGUGCAAGCCCCCAACUCGUACCUCAACGGCCUCUUCAUCCUCAACCAACGCCGCUCUGGUGCCCUCGCCGAAGCCAUCCCUAUCGUCAUCAAAUACGGCACGACACUCGAACAAAUCGACGGCCUUCGCCAACGCCUCGUCGAAUUCGUCCGCAGCGAAAGCCGCGAAUUCCAACCCAACGUCCUCACCGAAAUGCGCGAGGUCACCGACAACUUCAGCAUCACACUAAACGUCGUCUUCUUCUACAAAUCUAACUGGCAGAAUGAGGGGUUGCGCCUCCAACGCCGCAACAAGUUCAUCUGCAUGCUCAUGAUCGCCCUCCAGGAGAUCGGCAUCGAGGGCUCGCGCAUGAACCUCCAGGGUGCCCACGUCGGCUUCCCCGUCCACGUCAACUGGCACGGCACCCCCCCUUCCCAACCCCCACCUAGCUACAAUGACAACGGCAACAACAACAACAACGACAACGACACAUUGCGGCCAACUCCCACCGUCGGCCCAGACAACACCAGCAACCCACCCGGCAGUGCCGGUAGUUCCUCCGCCGCUCCCGUCCGCCACCCCUCCAUCCUGCGCAAAGGCAUGAACACGGCCGCUGCCCGAGCCCGCGGUGACUCCGUUGCCUCCCGCAAACACGUCGACUUCUCCCUUGGCAUGUCCGAAAUGGCCUCAGGCGAUAUCCUCGGCGACGUCUUCGAAGACCGCCAAGCCAACAACCGAGUCGACGUGGACAUCAUCCGCGAAACAAACCGCGAAACAGCCGAGCGCCGCAUCCAAGAA